UUUUCUCAUUUCGAUUUAGGGUUCAUUCACAUGGCGGAAGCAAAUAGUUUCACUCUCUCUUCUUCCUUCCUCAAACAAGUUUACUUGUAUGAUUGGUGGUUGAUUAAAGCUGACAUUGGUGAUGGAAGCAAGCGAUUGGGUGUUGGAGGUUUCACUGCAAAAGAGAGACCAGAUGGAAGAGUUUUCCACUCCACAACAAUUGCGAAGAGGCGUGAUACUACCACUUUAGUGACGGUGGAUGGCAUCACCAUUCUUCUUAGUGGUUUCAUUAAUAGGUGUCGAACUCUUCAAAAUGGCUUCUCAUCAGAGGUAUUGAAGUUAUUUUAG